AUGGUACUGCACAAUGAUGAAUAUUUAAUUAUCAUUGAUCCAAGUUAUGAGAAUUUACAAACAUUUCGUCAAGAUUUUGAUUAUGAUUUAGUCGGUAACGCUAUCAGCUUACAUGCAUCAUUUAUUCGCAAUCCAAUCGGUUAUGUACACAGUAUUAUUGAACAACAUGUGAUAGAGUUGGCAUUGACUAGUCUAAUCUGUUUCGGUAUAUUUCUUGUUACGAUUUGUUUGUUGUAUAUAAUCAAACGAAUGAUUCAUUAUAUCAAAUUAAUCAAGUUAUUUAUAAAAGAAUUCAAAAGUUUACGAUCACAAUUAAAAGAGAUUAAGAAAAAUAAUUUACCAAUGAAUUAUGAUUUAUAUGCAAAAUCAAUAUUCACUGUAUUAAUAAGUUAUUAUGAAUUAUUCAAAGGUAAAGAGAAGAGAAUUAUACCGGAAGAUAUGAUUGAAUUUGAAAUAAUACGUUUUGUGUUAGAAGCUGCAUGGAAAAAUACUGUAAGCAGUAGACAAUUGUUGGUAUACACGGAAAAUUUGAAUAGAUCAACUGAAGAUAAAUCAUUGAAAGAACCGUUAGAAGAGGAUUUAAACAAUGUAAUUGACAAUCGAAAUGUAGUAAUGAUUGAUGAUGAGAAUCAAAAUAUCAAUAAUUCACGACCGCCUAAAAAGUCUUACAUAACAGACGAUAAUGAUAAUGACAGGAUCAAUAAAAUAGAUUACCGAGGAAUAAAUAAGCAAAAUCUAUCAAAUAAAUCAACUGUAAAACCACGUUAUAAAGGAAAGUAUGAUUAGUUCCAAUGAUAGAAUUACACAAUAUGGUAGAAC